AUGGAAGCAAACUGUGGACCUUCAAGUGCAUUACAGAACUUAUCUAAACACACCCAAAGAGAUAACUCUUUACAAAGACAACAUCACCAACCACAACCCCAGCAACAAAAUUCUAUCCAGAAUUUCCGACUGACAAAUGGUGAUUCAAGAUUAAAUAAUGAUUUCCAAAGAUUCAACAACGGUAAUGAAUUUGCUAAUGCGUUUAUGAAUCAGAUGAAUACUAAACCUGGUUUCCCCCAGCAGCAACAACAACCACUGUCAAUACCGCAACAAAUACAACAAACUGGUUGGGUGAAUGAUUUUUCCAAUCUAUCAAUCAAUAAGCCUACUCCACAAAUCAUGGCUCAGAACAUUCCGGCGCAACAGAAUAGUGAUUGGCAUCAGCAAUUUAUCCAGAAUCAACAGACGAGUAUGGUAUCGCAACAGCAACAACAAGAGAAUAUGCAAUAUCAGAUGACUCCGAAUUAUGCUCUCGGACAAGGAUUCCGAAUGAAUAUGAGAACUGAUUUAUCUACUCCAGUAUAUGCUCAACAAUCUGAACAUCAAGAGAUACAUAAGAUAGAGCAACAACAAAAACAAUUUGAGAAUGAAUUUGAUGCGAUUGAAAAAGAACUUCAAAAUCAACAUCAACAGCAAGAGCAUACCAUCCAGAUUGAUGAUCCUGAUAAGGAGAAAUUCGCGGAAACGGCACGACAAGUAGAACAAUCAAUGAAUAAUAUAAAUUCCCAAAAUAUGGAAAUGAAAGACAAAUUUCAAAAUUCCGAUUUCCUUAAAUUAAUGAAAUCAAUCGGGAAUAGACAAGUUGAAUUAGAGGGGGAUAAAUUAGUAGAUGUAAUGUCUGGUGAUGAUAUUCGUACCACCGGCUUGGGCUCUGCCAAUCAAUCAGCACAAGUCCUGGGAACUACCACUUUGUUGGACAAUCAUGGUAUCGUCCAUAAUCCAAUGUUUGACGAUGAUGGCAUGACUAUCCAACCGGUUCCCAUCCUUGCUCCACAGGCGGUUGAUCCUGAACUUGCUCAUGAACAAAAACAAGACCUUUCUCAAGAAAAUCGCCUACCUGAUCCAUUGGCACAUAUCCAAGAUGGUCAAUUAGGUGGGGAUAUAUUGGAUCCAUUCUCGGCAGCGAGGAUUGUGAGUGGAGGUCAGGUGAAUAUGCAAGAUUGGUUGGAUGAUAGUGAUGAUGAUGAAUAUAUGUAUAAAGUCCCCUCGAGGGGGAGGAUUGUUGAUAAGGCUUGGCAAGAGGUUUUCGAUGAUUAUAGACAUGAUGAUGAUUUUCAUUAA